AUGACUAGUCUUGAAACAAAACAUAUGCCACUGUCAGAUGCCGUAAAAAUAAUUGAAGACUGUCGCGGUCGGUAUUUCGGCAACGCCGAAAUACCGGCCGCUACGUCUUUCGUGUCACCCGCACGACGCGCUACAGUCGGACGGCAGGUGGAGGGGACUCGGACGUCGGCAACGACACCCGACCUCGCCGCCGGCCGGGCCGACUGUCUUGUUCCGUCCGCGUAA